AUGGUCGUGGAGCUCACGGGGUCGGGUAAGAAGGACGGGCCAACGGCGACACAGAGGGCUGAUGCCCUCUACGCCGACCUCGGCCGGGUGUUCGCCGGUGAGGAGGGGGUCCGUCUCGCCCGGCCCAUUAGAAAGGCAGAGUUGCGGCUCCGCGGCCUCGACAGGUCCCUCGCGGGCACCGACAUCGCGGUGGCCCUCUCCGGGGAGGGAGGCUGCGAGGCGGCGGACGUGCGAGUUGGGGACAUCAAGUUCCCAACCCGCGGCCUGGGCACUGUAUGGAUACAGUGCCCAUUAAGGGCCGCUAAUAAAGUAGCGGCAGCCCGGGCCAUCCAGAUAGGCUGGUCCCAGGCACAAGCGGAGCUGCUGGACAAGCGCCCGCUCCAAUGCUUCUGA